UGCUGCUAGCUGCAAGUUGGCGGCCCCCAGUCGCAAGCAAGUUUAGCAAAUGACGUGGCCCGGAUGACGGCUGCACGAGCCACAUACUUGGCUACCAAACUUCGUUCACGAUUUUUUUUAUGAAAAACAUUGUUAACAUUAUGAUUAAAUUGAUCGAGCCGCAGAAGUAAGAUCUCAUUAUCUCGAUCUUGAAUUGCUGUUAAGCUUAAUAAUUGUGAGAAGAGGUCAAAAUGACGACGUACGAGGAGUUUAUUCAACAAAACGAGGAUCGAGAUGGUGUUCGUUUUACGUGGAAUGUUUGGCCCUCGUCUAGGGUUGAAGCUACCCGAUUAGUCGUGCCAUUAGGAACGCUUUAUCAACCGAUUAAAGAACGACUUGAUCUUCCACCUAUCCAAUAUGAUCCUGUACUCUGUACACGACCUACUUGUCGAGCGAUUCUCAAUCCACUUUGCCAAGUUGAUUAUCGAGCGAAGCUUUGGGUUUGCACCUUUUGUUUCCAGAGAAAUCCAUUCCCACCACAAUAUGCUGCAAUUACAGAACAACAUCAGCCAGCAGAGUUAAUUCCAAUGUUUUCAACAAUUGAAUAUACUAUCAUGAGAGCUCCAUGUUUACCUCCAAUAUUUUUGCUAGUUGUAGAUACAUGUUUAGAUGAAGAAGAGUUAACUGCCCUGAAAGAUGCACUUCAGAUGUCAUUAUCUUUACUACCUCCCAAUGCAUUAAUAGGACUUGUGACAUUUGGCAAGAUGGUUCAAGUUCACGAACUUGGUUGUGAAGGAUGCAGUAAGAGUUAUGUGUUUCGUGGAACUAAGGACUUGCAACCAAAACAGGUGCAGGACAUGUUGGGUAUUGGAAGACCUGUUCCUGGACAAAAUCCAAAUCAGAGAGGACCAACUGGACAGCCUUUGCCACCAGCUAACAGAUUUUUACAACCUGUGCACAAGUGUGACAUGAGUUUGACAGAUUUGUUAGGAGAAUUACAGAAAGAUCCUUGGCCUGUUGGUCCUGGAAAGAGACCAUUGAGAUCCACUGGUGUUGCGCUGGCUGUAGCUACUGGCUUGUUAGAAGCUAGUUAUGCAAACACUGGUGGAAGAAUCAUGUUGUUUGUGGGUGGACCAUGCUCUCAAGGUCCUGGCCAAGUAGUCACAGAUGAUCUUCGUCAACCUAUCAGAUCCCAUCAUGACAUUCAAAAGGACAAUGCAAAGCAUAUGAAGAAAGCAACAAAGCAUUAUGACAGUUUGGCAGCUAGAGUAGCAGCUAAUGGGCACAUAAUAGACAUUUACUCAUGUGCUUUGGAUCAAACUGGUUUACUUGAAAUGAGGUCAUGUUGUAAUUCCACUGGUGGGCAUAUGGUCAUGGGUGAUUCCUUCAACUCGUCCCUCUUCAAGCAAACUUUCCAACGUGUAUUUGCCAAGGAUCCUAAAGGCGACUUGAAAAUGGCUUUCAAUGCCACAUUGGAAGUUAAAACGUCUAGAGAGCUGAAAGUCUCUGGUGCUAUUGGUCCUUGUGUAUCUCUAAACGUGAAAGGGCCGAGCGUGGGAGAACAAGAAAUUGGCUUGGGUGGUACUUGCCAAUGGAAGUUCUGUUCGCUCACUCCCUCAACAACCACUGCUUUGUUCUUUGAGGUCGUUAACCAACAAGCAGCUCCUAUUCCUCAAGGCGGAAGAGGUUGCAUACAAUUCAUCACUCAGUAUCAACACAGCAGUGGCCAGAGGAGAAUUAGAGUUACGACGGUCGCAAGAAACUGGGCUGAUGCAUCGACAUCUUUGCAUCACAUUGCCGCUGGUUUUGAUCAAGAAGCAGCUGCAGUAUUAAUGUCUCGUCUCGCAGUUUUCAGAGCCGAGAGUGAAGAUGGUCCAGAUGUACUGAGAUGGGUGGAUAGAAUGCUUAUUCGUCUUUGUCAGAAGUUUGGAGAGUACUCAAAGGACGAUCCAAACAGCUUUAGACUAGCGGAGAACUUCUCGCUCUAUCCGCAAUUCAUGUAUCAUUUACGUAGAUCGCAAUUCCUACAAGUUUUCAACAAUUCGCCGGACGAAACUAGUUUCUACAGACAUAUGCUCAUGAGAGAAGAUUUGACCAACUCUUUGAUUAUGGUUCAACCUAUUUUGUACAGUUACUCUUUUGGUGGUCCACCAGAACCAGUUUUGUUGGAUACGUCAUCUAUUCAACCCGAUAGAAUUUUGUUGAUGGAUACGUUCUUUCAGAUUCUUAUAUUCCAUGGAGAGACAAUAGCUCAAUGGCGUCAAUUGAAAUACCAAGAUCUUCCAGAAUAUGAAAAUUUCAAACAACUAUUAGCAGCUCCAGUUGAUGAUGCAGCCGAAAUCUUGGCAGGACGAUUUCCAGCUCCAAGAUACAUUGACACUGAACAGGGUGGCUCUCAAGCUAGAUUCCUCUUGAGUAAAGUCAAUCCUAGUCAGACGCACAAUAAUAUGUAUGCUUAUGGAGCGGAAAGCGGAGCUCCAGUAUUGACGGACGACGUCAGUCUUCAAGUUUUCAUGGAGCACUUGAAGAAAUUGGCAGUGUCAUCAACGGCUUAGCCUAUUAAUUAAAAAGUACAUUCAAUAUUGUUUUUUAUAUUGAAAAAUUUC